CGGUUCACACCAGUUCACACCAGCUCACUGUGACUUGGAAAGUCCUCAGGUUUCCUCAGAUGCCCGAUGGAGGGGAAGAGAGUGCUCGCGCUGCUCUGUGUUCUGUGGAGCGUUUUCUGUGUGACGGAGUGUGUGAGGAGAGAUGACACGAGACGCCGGAGACGUGAGACGUGUGCCGAUGAUGGGCUGUACUCAUCAAGUAGUGGAUUACAGUGCUGUCGCUGUCCCAUAGGUCAUCACUUAGUGAGUGACUGCACUUCUAAUGGAACUGCUCCGGAGUGUGAAGCGUGUGAACCGGGAUCAUAUCUGGAUCACGCAAACGCUCUGUCAAAAUGUGAACCCUGUAAGACGUGUGGCGUCAAUGAUAACAUGAUCGAAGAAAAAAGAUGUACGUCUGCCUCUAACGCCAUGUGCCGCUGCAUGGACGGUUAUUACUGCGAUAAAGGAGCGGAGUGUAAAGUCUGUUACCCCUGCAGCACGUGUGAGUUUGGGAUUAAAGUACCGUGCAACCUCACCAGCGACACACAGUGCCACGAACAAGGGCCCAACAUCACAACUGCCAGCAUCAUAAUACCGAUCCUAAUAAUUGCACUCAUAAUAAUAAUAAUAAUAGCAGCAGUUGUUUAUCUGUGGAAGAAAAAGCUGUUUUGUUUUAAACCACCGGAACCACCGGAAACUUGUGAGCCAUUGGACCCGGACAUUGAUAAAGAUUUGGAUGGGUUCCUGCCUAAAAUAUCGGAAAUCCUGGGUGUCCGCGUGGUCCAGAAGGUUGUCAGGCAACAACGCCUGCUGUCUGAGGCUGUAAUAGACAAUAUAACGGUUGAAAAUCCUCAUGACGCGAGCGAACGAGCUUACCACCUGCUGAAGGCUUGGUAUGAGAAACACGGAAAAACAGGAGCUUACAGAACGCUGCGUCAGAACCUCAUCGCCAUCGGCAAGAGAAGUAAAGCUGACGAGGUGCGUGACCUCAUCGGUGAAAGAGUAAAUAAUAACGCGAUGGAGAACAACAGUGUCGUGUAGUUCUCUCAAGGGUCAUUAAAGACAAUCCAGGAAAAACGAAAUCUUUAAAAACCUCGGACAGUUUGAAGGAGACGGAGUUGGCUAUUUUCUAUCGUCAGAAUUUCAUCUGCUAGUUCAAACGUUGCCGUUCUGGUCACCUGAAAACCGCCGGGCUCCGACACGGACAAGCCUGCAGAUGAAUGAGUUUACUGUGGACGGUACCACACAGGAACCAGUAAGAAUGUUGUGGAUGUUCUUCCUCGGAUAGCCUCAGGAUCCCAAUUACUACACACGAGAAACGAUUUCUAUCCGUUCCCCGGAUGAGGACGGGUUCCCUUUUGAGUCUGAUAAAUUGAUACAUUUCCAUCUUGUCCACUGUCUAAACAAAACAACUGCGCAAAACAAAUAAAACAGAAUUUAAACUUUUGCAAAAACCUUCGCUUUUUACAUCAAGUUCUUAACAAACUGUCGUCGUUUUUUUGUUUGGGGUUUUUUUUGUUCUGUAGUUUUGUAGUUCAACACUCAGCUAUAUUUGUGCCAUCCUUAGAAUUAGGCUCUUUUUAAUAAAUAGCUUCAUGUUUGUUUGUAUGUGUAUAUAUUGGUGUGAUGGAGCUCGUGCCAAAUUUAAAUAAAUGCUGUUGAUUUUCUCCUGUUAGAUCUCUGCUUGUUUCUUUGAUUAACCUUAACCGUACAAUAUUAUUAUACUCUGCUGCGUUAUUUACACAUUAUUUUACUAUUAUACACGACUAUAAGUCUAUACACUGCUAUACAAUUCUACACGUCUAUAUUAUGCAUACACUACUAUACUAUUAUAUAUGACUAUACGAUUAUUCUAUGCUAUGUUAUUACACAAUGUAUAUUAUUAUGUAGUAUCUGUUACAAUCAUACACUAUACUAUUCAUUAUCAUUAUAAAUUGGUAUUCUAUUUACUAAAUUAAACCUGGCUAUGUUUACAAUAUUAUACACUGCUAUACUCUUACACAAUGUAUACUAUUAUACACUGUUAUAAUCAUACACUGCUAUACCAUACAAUCCAACAUUAUU